AUGAGACAAACUACUAUUAGGUUCGCCAAAGCGUACACACCAAUGAUUAAGUUUGUUGGUACCAAACAUCCAAUUUUACAACACGAAGCUGGUGUUGUCAUGGCACAUCCUUGUACAAUGGAUGGAUUGAUCCCUGGGUCUAAAGAUUGUACAAGUGUUAGUGAAUAUUUGAGUAAGCUGAGACCGUUCGUGGUUGUUCCUUAUAAUAAUCCUAAUAAGGGAAACAUCAAAGCAGGUGCAAAGUUUACCGGUACCAAAUUCACAGAUAGACCUCUAAUGGCUGGUGAAGUUAGUGCUAUUUCUGAGCUUCCAGCAAGAUUUAGAUUCAAACCGAUGGAUGAAGCUGAAUUGGACUCAAUCAACGGCGGUGGUGCAAUUUAG